GAUGUGCGCCAGCGCGUAUGUCGUUUAUGCUUUGGUGUAUACCUCCUCCGGCACCUAACAUCGAGCAGAAAUGUUAGCUCAGUGAAUCAUUCAGUUUUAUUUGAAAUAAAUAAUCGAACCUGAAGAACCUGAACAGUGAAGUAGUUGUGAUUAACUAGUCGCCCAUAGCCAGCGCAGUUCACAAAUCCACAAAUCUCGUUGAAUAUUGGGUUGUAUAUACUUAUAAUAACGCCAUGGAUCGACGAAAAAUGUCAACAUCCGGGGAUUCCCUCUAUCAAACAUUGGAAAUUGCUAAGACAGCAACACCCGAGGAGAUAAAAAAAACUUAUAGAAAACUAGCGUUAAAGUAUCACCCAGAUAAGAAUCCAAAUAAUCCAGAGGCUGCCGAAAAGUUUAAGGAAAUAAAUCGGGCACACGCUAUCCUGACUGAUUUGACAAAGCGCAACAUUUACGACAACUACGGAUCCCUCGGUCUGUAUGUAUCCGAGCAAUUUGGAGAGGAGAAUGUCAAUGCGUACUUCGUCGUGACAUCUGGAUGGUGUAAAGCUCUAUUCUUCAUCUGUGGUCUCCUGACCGGAUGCUACUGUUGCUGCUGCUUAUGCUGCUGCUGUAACUUCUGCUGCGGAAAAUGUAAACCCACACCACCAGAAGAUAGUGGAGUCUACCACAACCUACAGCAGGGCCAGAAUCAACGAGAAAGGCGAAGUGAUGCUUUCGAAAAGGAUGACGGAAGUGAGGAUGAAGCCGUGACGAGUCAGCCAACGAGUGGAGCUGCACAAGGUGCCUCUUCAAACACUGUCUUCGCAAUGCCACCCCCACCAGCGACAACUGCUAAUGAAAGUACGAAUCUGAACAGCGGUGGUCAAGGUGUUAUAUAUACCACCAUCACCAAUCCUUUUGCAGCGGGAGCUGCUGCGGAGGCCGCAGCCCAAGCAGCCACCAAGUGGUAGUUGGGACCAGCCGAUGGAAUUCCGCCACUAUUUCAUGGAUAAUAUUACCAUUGCUGAAUACGUUUACUCUCAGCUGGUGGCAAAAUGUUAUUGUUAGGGAAAUGCAAAAAUAUAUUAUAGUAAUACGUCAACACAGUACAUAAAGCCACUAAGAAAUUUGUUACAUGAAGUAAAAGAAACCUUAUCUCGUCAUUAAGAAUAUCGAAAUCCCUGUACAGAAAUUCCGUUUAGCUGAGUCGCAUGAUUUUAAUCAAUUUCAAAGAAAAGGCACUGACCUUUGUAUAGGUGAAACACGAUACUCGUGUUUAUGACUUUGUUUUCAUGUUGAUUACUCGAUUGAGGGAAAUUAAAUUGUACAAUUAAAAUUCUACGAACAGAGGAUAAUGAAUUAAAAAGUUUGGAUUCAAUUUCACAAUGAAAAAUCACGUCGGUAGAGCGAGCUGUGCGAUUAACUACUCAGUAAUUUGUAAUCUACCACGUUAAUUACCAUGUAUUUGAGAAUUGAGAGGCCUCACCAGAAGAAGAACUAUUCAAAUACGGGGAAAACGUUGGGGUAUGAAUUUUCAGCCGAAAAGGGACGAAAAAAUCUGCAGCAGCACUUGAAAAAUUUAUUCUUUUUCUAGGAACUGGAUGAAUUGAGUUGCAGAUAAUCUGAAAAGGAUAAAAAAUAUUCACAAAUGUUCAAAAAUGCGAGGUGGUGGACAGCUGCAGGCGCCGCCAUCUUGCUUCGCCACCCCUCUGUGGGCAGGAGCUCUAAGAUGGCGGCGCCUCCACCUCGUAUUUUUGAUCAUCUCUUACAAUCAUUUAUCCUCCUCAGAUCACCCUCAACUCGCUUCACCCGGUUUCUGUAGACGGAGCAAAUUUUUUGAGCCAUCUUUCUGAUUUUUCCAUCCCCCUUUGGCUGAAAAUUCAUGGCGCACAGUUUCCCCCGCAUUUCGGUAGUUUUUUUUACUCCCGAGACGUCUUCACAUCAGUGUAUAUGCAGGCAAUACACCACUCAUUCAACAUAAACAUUUCUAGUCCUCAGGAAGAAAUGAUGCGCUCUAGGAACCAAGACUAUGUUUUUCUGACCUCUUAUGACAUUAAUAGUGAAUACAAAUGCCUAAGGUGCCAUUCGAUAUGUUUAUUCGAUUAAUUGACAGACUAUGAGAUCGUUCAUACACGUGUUAAAAAAUUUAAUAGAAAAAUCUAGCGCUAUUCACAGGCGACUUGGGUGACGCCGCGAUUACAAAAUGUAAUCGAUUACCCAGGAUUACGGGACUGAUUACACUGAUUACCACUGCCUAUGUGAUAGGCGUGGUUACCAAGAGCACAGAAUGUGAUUACAUGAUUACAAAUGAUUUCGUCGAUUACAUUCUGUGAUUACCAAACGU